AAAGUUGGGGGCCAAAGUGAAAAAAAAAAUAAAGUUGGUAUAAAUUUUUUUUCAAAGCCCUUCAAAAGUAGAAAAAGAAAAACAGGCUAGGAACUCGUAAGAAAAUUUAUUUAGAACAUUAAGUAUGUUGUGUAAGAAAGGUGAGGGAGGCUAGAAAAGAAGAGUGAGUUCUUUUUGUAAGAUCGACGGUAUCGAUAUAUUUCGGGUGCAUUCGAUUAGUCCCUGCAGAGUUUUCGUUCUUCGGUUUCAGUAAUGCUGGCAGUAUGGGAAAGAAAGGAAGUUGGUUUUCUGCAAUCAAAAGAGUUUUCGUAUCGAAUUCGAAGGAGAAGCUAAAUAUUGAAUCGGAUAAAAAGGGCGGUAAAGAAAGGAAGAAGAAAGGUCAAGCAAAUUACAAGCAUGGAGAAGCUAAUUCCUUCAUUCCCCUGUUUAGGGAACCGAGUAGUAUCGAGAAAAUUCUUGGGGAGGCUGAAAGAGAUCGGAAACUAUCGUUCCGGCCUUCAACACCACCGGAUCAACUUAGAACACCACCUUUCUUGCUUCCUAGAGCUGCGUCUCCUCGUGUUCGUUCUCAAAGGAUUGCCUCUCCAAGGGCUGCUUCUCCGAAGACUGCUUCUUCUCCACGAGCCAAUUCACCAAGAGCUGCUUCUCCGUUUCUGCCUCCACCUCCAAGAGCCGCUUCUCCGAGAGCAGGACCUCCUAGGCUUGUUCGUCCUAGACUGGAACCAAAGUUAAGAAACCAUCAUGCUUCAGCUACAAAGAUUCAAGCAGCCUAUCGGGGUUACAUGGCAAGGAGAAGUUUUAGAGCUUUGAAAGGCCUCGUAAGGCUUCAAGGAGUUGUGAGAGGUCACAAUGUGAAACGUCAAACUAUUACGGCCAUGAAAUAUAUGCAGCUUUUGGUCCGAGUUCAGUCUCAGAUUCAGUCACGCCGGAUCCAAAUGUUAGAAAAUCAAGCACGACGUCAAGCUCAGUUUAAGAAAGACAAGGAGGCCGACAGCGGCUUCGGCAAAUGGACCUUUGGCCAGUCCGAGACAGGGAAUGAAAACUGGGAUGAUAGCUUGCUGACAAAGGAAGAAAUGGAGGCAAGAAUGCAGAGAAAGGUGGAGGCAGUCAUCAAAAGAGAAAGGGCCAUGGCGUAUGCAUAUUCUCACCAGCUAUGGAAAGAUGCAAUGAAAUCACCUCACACAGGUGUACCCAACAUUCGGUCCGGUGUAUUUCCAUGGUGGUGGAACUGGUUAGAACGUCGAUUACCACCAACCGAUUUACCCGAAAACCAAGCCACAAAGACCUUCCAAUUUACACCAACAAUGCCAAACUCCGAAUUAAAGCCUAGUCCGAGGCCACAAUCCAGUCAGUUCACAUUCGACAACAUCAUUGACAUCCCUACACCGAAAUCGACAAGGUCCACCAUUCUCCCCACCACAAGGCCAAUGCAAACACCAACACCACCGAGUAAACUUGUGUCGCAAGCAACCAACUCAGGGUUAUUAAACUCAAAGCAUUCACGACCCCGACCUACCAUAAUCGAUUCACCAUCGAACUUACCACUCAAAGAUGACGACAGCCUCACAAGUUGCCCACCGUUUUCGGUCCCGAACUACAUGACACCAACAGUUUCAGCUAAAGCCAAAGCGAGAGCCAAUGGCAACAUGAAAGAGAUGGGGACAGCUGGGAACGAAUCGAAGAGGCGACUUUCAUUCCCAUUAACGCAAGGGAUAGUCGGAUCGUUAAAAUGGAGUAAGGGGUCGUCGUUGUUUUCGGGCAAGGAUUCAAGGUCACAAAGGGGGUUAGAUAAGCAUCAAACAUUGCAAUCGUUGGGGAAUUUGAGUGUGGAUUCUACUGUUUCUAUGCCUGCUACAAUGGGAAGAAAGCCAUUUAAUAGAUUUGUGUGAUUUGUUGUUCAAUUUGGUUAUUUUUUUAAAAUUGAGUGAAUUAUGAUAUGUUGAAUUUAUAAAAUUUUCUCAUGUAAAAUAAAAAAGAACAGAAACUAAAGGAAAAUGGUGCUUUGAAUGUUGAAGACUUUGGGGGUAUGGAGAGAUAUUAUAGUAAUUUUUU